AAGGCUGUCCCACUACUCUACGCUACAACGAGACCCGUCAGUCCGUCACCCGUCACCCGUUACUCUACAGCCACAGCAACGCCAAACAAUGCAGUGUCAAGUGAAGAGUGUAGUGUGGGAGUGUCUUUCAAGUUGACUGGAGGAACAAGGAGUGAGACAGGAGUGGUGGAGUGCGUGAAGGAAACUAUGGUGUGGCGGUGAGCUGAGGUGUUUUGCAGCCACUCCACUUGAUAUAACGCGGCGUUUUAUUUCUAUUAUUUUACAUGUUUAUUAUUAUUUGUUUUUUUAGUUCAAGAGUGCAAUUGAAACGUUGAAUUGCAGAUUGUGUUGUGAAGAUGGAGAGGGACAGCCUUCUGCAGGAUUAUGAAGACACCGUGCAGAAGCAGGCUGUUCUCCUAACACGGCAGCAGGCCACCAUAGACAGCCUGCAUGAGGAAGCAGCAGAGCAGCAGCACAGAGCAGAGGUGAGCGGGAAGCAGCUGCAGGCCCGGCUUGAGUCCCUCCAGCAACAGGUGAAGGCAGCCGCCCUCCAGGAUGCUGCAGAGGAAAUCACUCUCUUGAAGCAAGAGCUUGAGACUUCACUGAAGGAGAAGGAAGCCAGCCAGGCCGAGAGUCGCAGACAAGGUUUGGAGGUGCAGCGGCUCCAUCAGGCACUGCUGGUGUCUCAGGGCUCUCAUGUUCCCUCCAAAGAGUCUGAGGAAUACAUGAAGGCAGUAGAUGCUCUGGAGGAGGAAACACAGAGGCUGAGAGCACAGGCAGCUGCACUGGAGGAAGAGAAGAUGGUUACUCUCAAGUCAAAUCAUGACCUGAAGAAGGAGGUGGCAUUUCUUGAGGCUCAGCUGGACCAGGAGUGCCAGGCAGCCCAGACGCUGAGGUCGCUGGUGGAGGAAAAGGAAGCCAGUGCACGGGAGGCCAGUGACUCUUUCAAUGGCCUCAAUAAAAAGUUUCUAGAGCAGAGUGAGGAUCUUCGUCUGCUCCUGGCACAAGUUCAAAGCCUGAAGGCAAAUAGGGACCACUUGGCCAAGGUUUUGGUCAAUGUGAAGGACAAACUUAAGGAGGCACAGACCCGAGUGGCUGAAAGUUUGCGCAUUGCUGAGGACUCACUUGUAGAGAAAGAUGCUGCCCUUCUGCGGGAGAAACAUGCCCUAAAUGAGGUGCGUAGACUGGAGGGGACUGUGGCCUCCUUGACAGAGGAAGCUGGGAGGAGAGCGCAGGCUGAGGUGACCAAGGUGAAGCAUGACUACAACACUAAUAUCAAGAAGAUGUCGCAGGAAGUGGCAAAGCUUGAGAUGUCUCUGAGUGAGAAGCAGCUGGAUUGUGACCGUGCUCAAAGGGACCUGAAGAGAGUGAUGGAGGAGACAGAGGAACUACAGGAGGAAGUGACUCAAAAGAAGGAGCAACACCGUCUGGAGACCCUCAAUCUUCACCAGCGCAUCAGCUCCCUUGAGGCACAGCUUACUUCACUCAUGGCUGAAAGAGAUAGCAUGUCUUCCCUUGGGCUGCAGAAUGUUAAAGAGAUUGAAGAGCAGAGGAAGGACCUGGUGGCUAGAAUUGCUGAGCUGGAAGAAAGAUUGAGUAAAGCAAGAAGUGAGUCUGCUAGGGCAAGGUUGGAAGGUGAGGAAGCAAAGAGGAACCUAGUUAAGGUCACCACUCAGUUAGACAAACUACAAGAAGAGAGCAGCAGAAGCCACAAGUUUCUGAAGAAACAGUUGCGACUGAAGAUGGAGGAAGUUGAGGAGGUGACAUCAGGUGCUGAGGGUCGACUGGAAGCCUCGGAGAAUACACACCGAAAAGCUUUGACACAGUGCUACCAGAGUACUGCAGUUAUUCAGGAAAACUACUCCAGGUUACAGACCCAGAUGAAGGACCAAAAGAGAGACUAUGAGCAGAAAUUGUCUGAGCUGAACCAGCACUUACAGGAAGCUCAGAGCCAGCAGCAGCACACAUCUCUUGCCCUGCACAGUGCCAACACAAACCUUGCCGUCAAUGAGAACCUCCUGUCACAAUACAAAGCAAGAGUAGCAGAGGUGGAGGAGCGCCUUGUCACAGCGGAGCGGAGAUUCUUGACACUGAAGCACCACAAGUUGGACCAGGGAAGCUUCAAGACUUCAUGAUGGUGGUUGAGUUCUUUAAGGAUAAAAUUGACCCUUAGGUUGUCUCACUCCUGAAGUAGCUCAAUUGGGACCUGGCAGUGCUCUUGACCCAUUUGUCAUCCUGCUAAAUAUGCUGUGAGUGUGCUAGCUUGUAGUUUAUUUAUUUACUAAUUUAAUAAUGAUGGCAUGACCAGCUGUGGUAGCCGUGGUUCAUGAGACACUCUCUCUCUGACAAUCAGGGCCUGACAGGAUUAAGAGUGUUUAUGAUGUGUGUGUGUGUGUCUUUGUGUGUUGGGCAGGUGCUUCCUCAGGGCCACCAUAUGUGCAAUUACUGCGUGGUAUGUACAUAGAUAGUAUAGAUAAUAUGAAUUAGAUAGUAUAGAUAGUAUGAAUUAAAGAAUCAUUGUAGGACUACGUCAUAUCACAAUAUUGAUACUGAUUUUAUACAGUAAUAAAUCACACUGAAUUUUUCUACAAUAUUUUUAUAUUUGUAUUUUCAAAUAACAUUAUUUUCGUAAUAACGGUAAAAAUCAGCAUUUCAACUUUUAUUUUCCAUUGAAAUGCUAAAAAAUUACAAUUAUACUCCAUUUAUGCUGGUAUCCAUCACAUUCUUGAGGUAAUCUGUAAAACUAACCUGUAAGUCUCGCCUCAAUGCACUUCACCUGAAACACUGGUGUGUAAUAGUAACAACAUGUAGGCUAAUGUAAUUACAAAUUUUUCUUUAAUAAUGUUUAUUACUGUGAAAGCUUCACAUUCUUAUCAUUUCAUUCAGAUACCCUUCCAUCGUCAUCUUCCUUAUCUAUGCCCAUCACAUCUCCUUGAUGCUCUGCAUUUUGUUUCUAUUUAUCAGUAACUGAGUAUUUAUUUGGCUGAUUCGUCUCUACAUCAACAUUCAUACAUUGCUACUCUGCACUCUAUUUCCUUCACUAAUUCCAGCCUUAAGUCUUUGCAAAAUCUUAAGUGUCACUGGUAUGUUAACAGACUGCUUGUACUGUAUUCUAAAAAUUAUCAAAUGUAAUUUGAUAUUUAUGGAGUAAAAUAAAAAAAAAAUAUUG